ACUAAUCCAAGCGUUUGGUUUUUCCUCCAAUUUUACAAAACAAAACAAUCUCUUGUCUCGUAGAAGGAGCCGAUUAUUUUUUGUCCGGAAUUCCACACUUGUCGACCUGUGUAGCAGUUCUCCGGCGAGAAGAACGCACGAACGAACCCUAGGGCUUUGUCUGCUCCCAAAAUCCGUUCCAAGGAUGAAGCAAUUGUGAUACAGUCUUGAAUUUAUAAUUUGAUUGCAAUUCAGGAAAAAUCAAAUUGCUCGUUGAGGUUAUGGCAGAUAAAGAUGAGGACUUGCCAAGGGAUGCAAAAAUUGUGAAGUCUCUUUUGAAAUCAAUGGGAGUGGAGGACUAUGAACCUCGUGUCAUACACAAAUUUCUGGAGUUGUGGUAUCGCUAUGUUGUUGAAGUAUUGACAGAUGCCCAAGUAUAUUCCGAGCACGCUAGCAAAUCUGCAAUUGAUUGUGAUGAUGUCAAGCUUGCUAUUCAGUCAAAGGUUAACUUUAGCUUCUCUCAACCACCACCUAGAGAGGUGCUUUUGGAGUUGGCUCGCAGUCGGAACAAAAUACCAUUACCAAAGACAAUAGCAGGUCCUGGCAUUCCUCUUCCUCCUGACAAGGAUACACUAAUCAGCCCUAACUACCAGCUGGUAAUCCCAAACAAAAGGCCAUCCCAGCCAAUGGAAGAAACUGAGGAUGAAGAAAGUGUUGAUCCCAAUCCCUCUCAGGAAGACAAGACAGAUAUGCAGCAAAAUCCUCAACAAAGGGUGUCAUUUCCACUGGUCAAACGCCCCAAAGGCUAGCUCAUUAAGGGUAAGUCAAAUUCAGACGCUUGUAAGAAACUUCUUCCUUUGUUUAAUCCAAUGAAUCAUAAGUGAAUGUCCUUGUUUUGACCGAUAAAGAAGAUUGUGGCUUCUUCAAUGCUACAUAUGUAUGAUUAAUGUAGUGACAAAAUGUUAUAAAUUGUGGCUUUGUGAUAUUAUUUUUCAUGUCUGUUGUACGGAUGGAGACUAGGAGAUCUGGAGAUGAGAUGAUUAAGAAAUGUACGUGUUUGCAGAACUUGUCAACAAGAUCUUGAGAUUCCGGUGGCAAAAUGAAUUGAAGCUCAGAUAUGCAUUUGGUGCUCAGGUGUACAUGUUUUUGAUGUGAUUUGGACUCAUCAAAUCUUACAUAUGGAGAUUUAAAUUCUUAA